CGAUAUAAACUCUGCUGCGCGAAUUUCCGGUUACUUUUCGCUCGCGGACAUGACUGCACUCUUCGUACAAAAAGGGUUACUGCUAGCUUGCUCAAGUCAAUCUGAUUAAAGAGUCCGUUAGGUCAACAACUUCAUACAGAAAUGAGUACCUUGGCGCGGAAAAGGUUCUACGAUAAGCUGCCUGUGUGGAUAGUGGAGGACCACCACCAUGUGGUCCAUCACAUCUAUCGAGCCAUUGCAUCAAGACAUCUUCCACUCAACAACAUCAGACUGGUUCAUUUAGACUCCCAUCCUGACCUCCUUAUCCCUGUCAACAUGCCUGCUGACACAGUAUUUGAAAAGGAGAAACUCCUCAGUGAGCUGAGUAUAGAAAACUGGAUAAUGCCUAUGGUGUAUGCUGGUCAUCUGAGCUACGUGGUGUGGCUGCAUCCUUACUGGUGUCAACAGAUCAGUGAAGGAGAGCACACAUUCAAUGUUGGCAGAGACUCAUCUACUACAACCAUCAGGUUGACCAGUACAGAGAACUACUUCCUCAGCGAUGGUCUGUAUGUUUGUGACGAGCUGCUGGAGAACUCAAAAAGUCUCAGACUGAACAUAGUCAAAGUAAAUCCUGUCAAAACAUCAACUGGGCCACUUCCAGGGCAUGACACAGAGAGGGAUUCUGUGACACAUAUAUCCAAAAAAGCUCGAACAGAUCUGAGAGGGGAAGGGGAACCUUCAUCUGUAACAACUCCUACACUGCUGCCAACAGAGGACAGCAACUUACAGAGAAAGCUGAGCAGCAAUUGCACAGACUUUGGAGAUGAAGAUAAAGAUGAAGGAUCAACUAGUUAUGUUGUUAGGAGAUUGGCUACAUUUCUCAGUGAAACGGAUCCAUACAUCCUAGAUAUUGAUUUGGAUUUCUUCUCCUGUAAAAACCCUUUUAAAGAAAUAUACACGCAGGAAGAGUAUUCCAUCCUCAAGAAGCUCUACUACUUCAGAGAACCAAGGAUGGGUGCUGAUCAGGCAGAGCUGGAGGAGUGUGUAGAUCACCGUAUUCAUCAGUUAGAGGACCUGGAGGCGGCAUUCGCUGAUCUGCUGGAAGAUGAUGGAGAACAGACGGUUACACAAUGGGCAUCUAAACCAGGCAUGUCUUCAUUAGACCAACUGGUUUCCAGUUUGAAGGCAAGAAAUCCUUCACCUGACUAUGAAAUGGUUCACCAAGCAGGCCUGACCUGUGACUCAGAUGAGCUGCCGCACCACAUCAGUACCGAGGAGGAGAUCGAUGGACUGAUUUCUGCUGUGCAGCUUGUCCUGAAAGCUCUGCCCACACCGACUCUGGUGACCAUGUCAAGGUCUAGUCUAGAUGAAUACUGCCCAGCUGAGCAGGUGGAUUCAGUUCAAAGUAGAGUUCUGGAUGUACUAGAGGCAUUGUAUGGUGACCUUGAUGUGCAUAAAGACUACAAAAGCAGCAAUAAAGACUCUAAGGACUGCCAGCCAAGCACAUCUUAAACUGGUACACAAACAAUUUAUCUUGAACUCAAACAAAUUUGGCUCAAAGUGAAAAAAAGAGUUACUGUGAAUUGUCUGUUUCAAACUGUUUGUACUUUUCCCAGUUUUGGUCAUUGUGUCCCCAAGACUGGGGAAUAGAAAUUGCUGUCUUUUAAGUGACGUUUUGUACCCUCUUGAGAUUUAAAGAAAUGUGACUGUAUGAGCCCAAUAAAUAAAAUUGAUUUGACCAGGAA